CUAACACAAAAUACUAGAAUAUACUGAUGUAGCUCUAAGUGGAAUUUCUUGGGAGUUUACAACAGGGAUUCGCGUUGUAUACGGUAUGAGGGCAUACGUUUUGACAUUUUGAUUGCUACGUUGACACACGGGAAGAGAACGUGUGACAUAAAGCUACAUAUCAGCAAGGCUACCACCGAAAAGUGCUAUGAAAUCGCGGAUCGAAAGGAAUUAAUUUAAAUAAUUUCGAACAGAUUUCAGUUAAAUACCGACCUAACUGAUGUUGGAACCGACCCAUGGAACAGAGGUCGCCACGGCUUUGGUUAGAGUUGUAGUAAUCGAUUGUUUCAGUUUCUACCGUGUGUUGCAACUCGAAAUUUGCCUCUCGUCAAGCGAAUCAACAGUGCCUAAUUUCAAUCAAGAAUGGGAAACACACGCAUCGAUAAGACAGGAUAAGCCAUCUUCAAACGAACUCGCGUGCACUGGAGUAAACAGAAGCGAUAUUUCUGUCGAAAAUUUCUCAGAACCAAGAUAAUAUCCGUUGGAACUCAGUCAGCCGAUCACACAUUCCACUCGGCCAUGCAAUGCGAUGAGCGACCGUCGAAAAACAUGGAGGUCGACGUCUACGACGGGCGCAUUCGUGGAAGAAAUUCUUCACAAGUAUAAUUGCUAUUCGGAAACCGAUAAUUUCUUCUCAAGAAUGUCUAGUCAAGCCUUGGCCGAUCGAAUAGCGUCAUUGAAAGGACACGUUUUCUCGAGUACAAACAGUCAUUCCGACAACUGCGAUCAAACCAAUAACUGCGAAGGAGGCGAAAUUGACUUAUCAAAUAAUACCCCUCCCUUGAGGCAGCGUAUGUUAACUUAUGCUGAUGCAGAAAACAAUCAAAGCACCCUUCAGGCCGACUCAAGCAAGUCUGUUAAGGAAAGCGAUCAGCGUGGACAAACUAAACCAAGUUAUUGCGCUUCGAAUACGAAAACCAACGAAGACAUUUUGGAUCUCAGUGCAGAAAUCAACUCAAAUUUGGCGCUCACGAGUAGAACUCUCCCGGGGGAUGGUGAAUUUGGAUUGUCGACUCGAUCGUCAGCUUCGAGUUCCUGCGAUAAAACAGAUGAUAACGAGGAUGUAAUUUGCUUAGAUCACUCUAACCUGUUAGUGACGACCCCGGUAGUUGUAAUAACGCCGGCUGUUAUGGAGGAGUGUGUGGAUGAAGGGAAAACCAUCGCUAUGGUGGAUACGAAUGGUGAUCUUUCUGCCACCAUGUUGGCAAAAGAUUCCACUGAUACUUGCUCUUUGUCAAGUUACGGUUCUUGCUCGGAAAACGAGAUCCUUACCGACGAUGAACCAUCAGACGAUGAAAUGAGACAACCAUUGGAAGACAAAUCUGAUAAGACCCAUUCACGCUGGAAGAAAAUUCGUAGUAUGAUCCACUGGUCUCCAUUUGUACAGAACUUUAAAAAGAAGUAUCCCUGGGUGCAGCUAGCUGGACAUCAAGGGUGUUUUAAACCAGGAGAAAAUGGCACAAUUCUAAAGAAAUCCACAGACAAAGAGAGAGAAUGUCUUGUGAGGCUAAUGAAAGACAUUUUGAGACCUUAUAUCCCUGAAUACAAGAAAGAAGUUAACAAAGGUGGAGAACCAAAAGAUGGUAGAAGUAGACCCCAGUGAACCCACUGAGGAGGAAAAGAGGGAAGGUGGAAUAACCAAGCCACGUUACAUGCAGUGGAGGGAGCAGCUGAGUUCAACUUCAAGCCUGGGUUUUAGGAUUGAAGGAAUUAAGAAAGGUGAUGAGAAGCCCAACAAAGAUUUUAAGAAAACAAGAACAAAAGAAGAUGUUGAUAAAGUUUUUACAGAGUUUAUUGGUGAUGAUGAACAGAUAAGAAAAAAAUAUAUAAGACGACUAAAAGCUAUAAGAGCAACUUUAGAAUCUUCACCAUUCUUUCGCUCUCAUGAGGUGGUUGGUAGUUCACUGUUAUUCGUCCAUGAUGCAGAUGGCCGGGCCAGCGUGUGGAUGAUUGAUUUUGGUAAAACCACCCCACUUCAAGAUGGAAUGUGGUUGAAUCACAGAACACCUUGGGAGGAGGGCAACCAUGAAGAUGGUUACCUAUGGGGUUUGGACAACAUGGUUGACAUUUGGUCACAAAGAUGAUCUUUACUCUGAAUUGUAGGAGCUUAGCUAAAAGUAAUUAUUGUUGACAAUUCUCUUUUAUAAAAUUAUAUCUGUCAAUGAAUGCAUGUGCUGUAUGUAGGUUUUGUUUCAAUGUAGACUGAGGAAUGGAAGGAAGUGGUUACAAAAGUCGUAAUGCUUACCAAGAAAGUCAUAGAAUGCAUGCUUUGGUGUAAAAAUGAUAUAAAAUGAUCAUACUUAUAGUAUGUCGGAGGGGCCCUAUACUUUUGGUAGUAAAGUUCAAACAAUUAAUAUUUUUAAGUUCUUAAAGCAGAAAAGUAGUGAAAAUCAUGGAAUUGUGAAUGCUGUAAAGACUGCAAAACCUGUUGUCAAAGGUCAUUACAACUAACAUUUCAUGUUGGUAGACUGGCUUAUUGUUUAGGAGUGAGAUCAAAGGAACAAAAAAAAUUACUGUUCAGAGAUGGCCUUAGAGAGAGGAAAAAUAUAGAAAUAGACUGUAGAAUUCUAUGAACUUUUAGAACUCUUCCAUCCCAAUCCUUUUGUAAAUCAGCCAAUCCAGAAGGAAAUGUUUACAUACAAUCUGUGAAAAAAUUAUUUGACACUUGACUGUGUUAACCUUCUCCAAGGAAUUAUUAUGUUGCUGGUGAGUAGUCAACCUGUAUGCUUUAGACAGUUUCUAGAUAGUGUGCCUUGAAAACUGAUUCUGUUGUCUUAGUAACCUGAAACACUGUCAGCCUGCCUUAGAGCAGUGUCACAGUUUGAAAUGACUUGAGAUUAUUCUUUAGGUCGUAAAGCAAAAUACCAUAGGUUAUAGCUAUUUAACACAAGAAUUGAAGGAGAUAGCCAGGAAAUUCGGGGAUCUCUGAAGUCUAGUGAACAUUAAACCACAGGUUGCCAGAAUUCACAUUUUCCUUUAUUCAAUGGUGUACAUUCACAGAAAACAAAGCCCAACAAUAUAUGUGGAAGAGGGGGUGGGGAAGUAAGGGUAUUUCGUGUAGGAAGAAAAUUGCUAUGAUAAACCGAAUUUUGAAAUCUCAGUAGCAAUGUGUCAACUAGUUUUUCACAGAUUGUAGAUGAUGGACUUUGAAAUGAUGGACUAUGGAAAAUACAGGGCUGGUGUGUUUUACCACAAUACUAAAGCUGUGAUUUAGCACGUUUUACCACUUUAAUUCCAUAGAAAUAAUUUACAAUACAAUAUCAAGCAGACAAGUGAUGAGAAUAUAGAAAAAUGUCAACUAAGAGAUUAUCAAUAACUGAUCCAAUGCCAAAUUCUCCAAACUAACAUCAUAAGAAUUGUAUGUCAGACAGUAAGGAGAAUUACUUAGGAGAUCUUAGGUGUGAAAGGUUAAGGAUGUUUACUUGUUUCCUGUUUUCCCCCAAAAUCAUCAACUGUGCAUGCUCUGUUGUAUGUUGGCUUGUUAGGCAAAAAUUUGCAGUCAUUAAAACGAUGCUAAAUGCUAGUCAAUUUAGAAAAUAAUAAGUAAGAAUAAAUAUAUUCAUUGUCAUAGUUAGUUUGACAAGGGAUUUCAGUUGUCCAGGGAAGAUUGUUUAACAUCAUCAGUACUCAACCAGCUAUAAGCUGUUUCCUUCACUGUUGAUGGUUUCAAAGUGUUAGUUCCCAAGUGGAAUUUCAGUCACUGUGAACCACAAACAUUUGCUUCAGUAGACCUGAUGCCAACGUUGAUGCUUAUUAAAACCACUGCAAAAUUUUCAUGCCACAUAGUGAGUCAGAGACCUCUUACAAUUGACUCAUGGCCUCUUUACCCUGCCUCAUCCCUACUUUUUGUUCAGGAAAGGGGCACUCUUAAAUAGGCUAAAGAGAUACUGCAUUUGUAGAGAUAACUCAGUCUGUCUCUCAAAAUAGUCCAAAGUAAUUCAAUUUACAGUUUCAUUUAUUUACAAGAUGUACAUUGUCUAUUUGAGAAGUGGUCAAACCAACUCUGUCAAGAAUAUAUUUCUUAGUCUGUAACUCUGACCUCUUAUUUAAAACGUUAGCAUUUUGGUUUACUGUGACUGAGUGAUCUAAUACUCUGACUUGUAAAUAUCUAUUGCUCAUUAACUGUGCAUGUGAUAAAUGAAGAUAUGUACAUUGUAUAUUAACAGUUAAUGUUGAAAUUCAGGGCUGUUUUUUUUGUCCACUUUUUUGUUACACGGUGAUUAUGUUAAAUUUCAGUCACUGUCAUGAUGUAACGACCAUUAAAUUUUUUUUGUACAAACUUGUUUCAUUUUGCUGAUGUAAGCCUCAUUUGAAACUCAGCUGAGUGCACCACCAAGCUUAAAUCUUUUUACUUAAACACAUUCAAACUACUUGCUAGCAGCUAUAAUAAAAUACUGCAUUCUUUACCAGACACAAGGAAAAGAGCCAAUGAAGGGUGCAGGACAAUUUGUUUGACAAUGGAAUGGAACAGAACAAUGAAAAAUUAAUAUCUUGCGGCACUGCUGGGAAAAAAAAAGCAGGCAUCCCUGCAAUAGUUAUUUGAUGCAGCAUUACAUAAGGGUUGCUACAUCCAAGGGGUGGUCACUUCCAGAACAUUAGAGUAAAUAAGAUUACAGAACAUAAAGAAAUUAUAGUCUUUGAGGAGAAAUGCUUCUUUUUUCAUCCUGUGGCAAUACACUAAAUGGAAAAAAUUAGGUUCAGAAAAAUUUUCAUUGACCAAGGGAUUGUCUUUCGAGAAAGUGACAAAGAGUGGGAAUAAAAAAAAUAUAUUAUGAAACACCAAUAAAUAAUUAUGAAAUAACUAGAAAAAUACAACUUCCACAAGCUGGAGCAGUAUCUGAUAACAACUUCAAGACAACUACCUUUCAUUACUGUUUUUAAUGAGAUGGAAACAUGAAAUACACAGUGAGCAAGCAAGUGUUUAAGAAAAUCAUAGGCUAACAUAUACUAGUAUCAAAGGCAAUGAGAACUUACAAUAAAUAACAAUUACUUGUCUAGUUAAAUUAUACAAUAAACACCAUACUAGGAACAGACUUGGAGAAUUUCUAUCCAUUAUAAAACAUUGCAAAGACUUGUAAUUAA